AUGGCACCUCCGGAUUUCAAUGUUGCGAGCAGACGUGCUAACCCACCUGUGUAUACUCUGCAGGAGGGUGCACCUGUCUCUGACCCUUCAGCUUCCCUUCAAGUCCGCACGACUUAUGGUGGCGGCGGUUUGGGAAUACUUGCAGACACUCAGUUGAUUGAGACUUUGGCUCAUUUCCCUCGUGAAAGAAUACCCGAACGUGUAGUUCACGCAAAAGCAGCUGGAGCAUGGGGAGAAUUCGAGGUCACAGAAGAUCUCUCAGACAUCACCGAUGCCAAGUUCCUCAGCGGAAAGGGCAAGAAGACUCCCCUUCUCGGUCGUAUCUCGACUACUGCUGGCGAAAGAGGUGCUGCCGAUACUGUCCGUGACAUUCGUGGCUGGUCCAUGAAGCUUUUCACAGAGGAAGGAAACCAGGACUUUGUCUUCAACAGUCUGCCUGUCUUCUUCAUCAGAGACCCCAUCAAGUUCCCUAGUGUCAAUCGCAGUCACAAGAGACAUCCUGUGACGAACAUCCCUGACCCGGACAUGUUCUGGGAUUACCAUAUCAACAACCAGGAGGGUAUCCAUGCAUUGAUGCAUCUCUUUGGUCUUCGUGGUAUUCCUGCUUCGCUCCGCAACAUCAACGCUUUCGGUGUUCACACAUACAAGCUCGGCAAGCAAGACGGCACCUUUGUCUACGUCAAAUGGCACAUCAAGCCCGCAGCCGGAAUCAAAAACCUCCACGCAGACGAAGCACUCCGUCUCGCCGGCGAAAACCCCGACUACCACAUCAAAGACUUUUACGACGCGAUCGAACGCGGCGAUUUCCCAACCUACAACGUGCACCUCCAAAUCAUGGAUCCCAAGCAAGCAGAAGCCUCGGGCAUCAACAUCUUCGACAAUACCUUCACGUGGCCUCACGAAAAGUACCCUCUACGCCAAAUCGGAAAGAUUACAUUCAACAAGAACCCCACCAAUUACUUCCAAGAUGUCGAACAAGCUGCUUUCUCGCCUUCGACGAUGGUGCCCGGUAUUGGGCCUUCUGCUGACCUUAUGUUGCACGCACGCAUGUUUUCGUAUCCCGACGCUGCUAGAUAUCGUCUGGGACCCAACUACCAACAACUGCCUUGCAACAAGCCCAUCAGUCAAGUCUACUCGCCCUACCAACGCGAUGGCCCUGGCCGCAUGGAUGGCAAUUACGGCGCUGACCCCGACUACGUGCGCAGCAGCUACACCAAGCUCGCUCACGGCAGCCACGAGUUAGCCACCCAUGAGCAAUGGGUAGGCAAAGUGGUUUCUGCAUCUACAGAAGUCACGGACAAGGACUUUGAGCAGUCGAGGUUGCUGUGGCAGACUAUGCUCAAGGAAGAUGGUGGCAGGGAGAACUUCCUCAAGAACCUUUGUCCUCAUCUUGGUGGUGCUUCUGAGUUUGUUAUUGGAGAGUCUGUUAAGAUGUUUGCGAGGGUUGAUGAGCAACUUGGCAAGGAUAUCGAGCAGGGGAUCAAGAACCACAAGGAGGGGAAGUCUGUCGUGUAG